AGGUUUAAUAACCAUGGUUAAUAACCGUGGAGGAUGAGCAGUAUGACCAUUCCUUGGAUCUGUAUAACAUCAGCGAAAACACAAGCUAUCCAUCUUACGUCUUGGAAAUGUCUAACAAUAGUGAGAACACAAGCGUUCCAGAUUAUGUGGAUAACGAGCACGUCGAACUCUGCUCUGCAUCAAACGUCAACCAAUUGGGCUCGGCCAUCAUUCCUUAUUUCUACUACAUCAACUUCCUCCUGAGUUACUUAGGCAACUGGCUUGUUUUGUUCAUCAUCGUCAAGCUUGAGAAGGUCAACAGCGUCACUAACAUCUUCCUCAUCAAUCUGGUCACCUCCAACAUCCUGUUUGCAUCCAGCUUCCCCUUCCUGGCCAAAUACCAUUCCUCAGAGUGGAUCUUCGGCACGGUGCUUUGCAAGUUGGUCAGCAGUGCCCAUCUGAUUGGUUUCUACAGUUCCAUCCUCUUCCUCACCCUGAUGACCUUUGACCGCUACCUGGCCGUGGUGCACGCGGUGUCCGCAGCCAAGAGCAGGAAGAGGGCGUACGCCAUCGGGGCGUCCUUGAUCGUUUGGUUCAUCAGUGUGCUGGCCAGUCUCAAUGAGCUGGUGUUCAAAGGCGUGUGGGAGCACAGCGAGCACGGCCUGAUGUGUGAUGAGACAGGAUACCACGCCGACGUCGUCGAACAGUGGAAUCUGGUCAGCUACUACAUGCAGUUCCUCCUCUUCUUCCUGCUGCCCCUCUCCAUGGCGAUGUACUGCUACACCUGCAUCACCGUGCGGAUCAUGUCCACUCGCAUGAGGGAGAAAUGGCGCUCGGUGAAGCUGAUAUUCAUCAUCAUGUUCACCUUCUUCGUUUGCUGGACUCCCUAUAACAUCGUGAUCCUGCUGAAGGCCAUUCAGAUCUCCACAGCCGACGAUGCAAACCGGAAGUGCGAUCAGGUCGAGGCGUUGAACUAUGCGUUGUACGUGACCAGAAACAUAGCGUUCUUGUAUUGUUGCAUCAGCCCCAUGUUCUACACCUUUGUGGGUAAGCGGUUUCAGAAUCACUUCAGGAAGCUGUUGUUGAAGAACAUGCCUUGUCUGGCACGUCAACUCAGACCCGCUAGUCUGAGCAGCAAGUCCACUGCACAAAGGACAUCCCACACGAACGACUUUUAACACAAUUUACUUUGUUUGAAAUCGGAUAAUUGGAUGGGAAAAUGGAUAAUUAAAUUUGAUGAUGUUUAUUGUUUUGUCAGUUUUACGUUUAAAUGUAGUCAUUUAGCAUAUACCUUGUAGAUGAAUAUCUAAUAAUUAAUUGCAAUUAUUUAGCACUCUUUUUUAAGACACUCAAAGCGCUUUAAUCAGUUAGUUAGUUUAUUAGUUGUCCCCUUAGGGAAAUUAUUUUUCACAGUUUCCUUCCGUCAUUUCCCAAAUAGUGAGUUUGUGGUUGAGAAUAACACCUCAUAUUAACGAGGCUGAGAACAAUCUAAGUUUGUAUUGAUUUUAGAGAAGUUACAUUUAGGAGGAUGAAGAGUCGCAAGAGGAAGGGUAAAAUAACGGAGUUGUUCUGCCAAGGCCGUGAACUAGCUUUGUCAUGACAACAUUACCAAUUUUUACCAGUUUUGUGUGAAAUCUAAUUCUAAAGAGAGAAUAUGAUAGAAUUUGAAUUUAGAAUUUCUGCAUUUUAACUGUUAUGUUGUAAAACCAUUUUGUGUAGCAUAAGCGUUGUUGUGUUUCUACUGUUAUCUCAUUUUAGUUGUGGAAUGAAAUUAUUUUUCAGUUUCCCUCCUUCAUUUCUCAAAUAGUGAGUUUGUGGUUGAGAAUAACAGCUCAUAUUAACGAGGCUGAGAACAAUCUAAGUUUGUAUUGAAUUUAGAAAAGCUACAUUUAGGUUCUCGAAGGAUGAAAAAUCGCAAGAGGAAGUGUUAAAUAACAGAGUUGUUCGGCGUCAACUAGCUUUGUCAUGACAACAUUGCCAAUUUGAACCACUUUUGCUUGAAAUAUAAUUAUAAAGGGAGAAUAUAGUAUAGAUUGAAUUUAGAAUUCCUGCAUUUUUACCGUUAUGUUGUAAAACCAUUUUGUGCAGCAUAAGCGUUGUUGUGUUUCUACUGUUAUCUCAUUUUAGUUGUGGAAUGUGUAACACAUGAAGAUAAGGCUGUGGUUUGGAUGGUUUGUGCUGCUCUUCCUAACAGCAGUGGUUGAUCCCCGGCCAGCAGAGUCGAUGCGCUACCGAAGGCGGAGCCACCGCAACGUCUACCGUCACUCUUCCACCACUUAAAAUAUAUGUUGAUAUAUAUGUUUAAAAUAAUCUCCAGCUCUUCUUUUUAUAUCGUAGCUCUUAAUAGUGCUCCGACGGCUGCUUUGCUUUGUUCCAAUUUUAAGAUGUGUGAUCGGGAAGCACUAUUUGGGGUUCAUCUUCAUUGUUGAAAGUAUAAAGUAUCUGCUAAUAAAUGUAAUGUAGUGAAUACAAAAUAUUAUGUUCUUAACGUUAAUUUUCCAAAUUUUAAUAAAGAAAAAUAUUUUCUUAA